AUGGAGGCAGUGGAGGAUCCGAGCAACUUAUCGUGCAGCAGGACCAGAAGCGACAAUCUCUCGCUCGAUAUCACUGAGGCACUGGAGGAAGCUCGCGAGAUCAUUUCUGAUGGGAAGCCGCGUACACGCCACUCCGAACAUCUGCUGGAGGAGUCGACCACUGUGCAGGUUGUUAAAGCUGGAAGACACGGCGAUCCAAUUGAAAUUGUUGUCACACGCAGUACGGUCACUUCGGCUCCGAAUACUGAUGACGAGGGCGAUGGAACUCUCUCUGGUAGUGACUCAGAGUUGCUGUUGCCGUCGCGAACGAAAUCGAGUUCAGUUUCUCGCAGCUGUACUUUUAUUGGACCAAGAAACGCGGACGAAGUAGCUUCUCGCUCUGCGAAUGUUCAUUAUCGUCGAAGGCGCGGCGACAGUUGGCGCCUGGAUGAUGGCGCAACAGGCGAUGAUGAUGGACACUUGGACGUUGAAGUAAAAGCAGAAUAUGGCCAGGAUGACGACGGUGAAACUUUUUUGAAAAAGUCAUGGGAAGCAACUUGGCGGGUUCAAAAAUUUGAAUAUUUGCCGGAGUGGCUUCAGGAUAAUGAAUAUUUACGACACGGCCAUCGGCCCCCUUUGCCAAGCUUCACUGAAUGCUUCCGCAGUAUAUUAUCUGUUCAUACUGAAACAGGAAAUAUCUGGACCCAUUUAAUUGGUUGUGUUGCAUUCGCACUGCUAGCUGCAUGGUUCAUGACACGGCCGGAUACUGACAUCCGUUUCCAGGAGAAGGUUGUAUUCUCCUUCUUUUUUGCGGGAGCGAUCAUUUGCCUUGGAAUGUCGUUCGCCUUCCAUACAGUUAGCUGUCAUUCCGUCGCUGUCGUCCGUAUAUUUUGCAAAUUAGAUUAUAUGGGUAUAUCGCUGCUAAUUAUUGGCUCAUUUGUUCCUUGGAUAUAUUACGGUUUUUACUGUCGACGCGAGCCGAAAAUAACUUAUAUUGCUAUGGUGUGCGUUUUGGGAUUGGGUGCCGUGAUUGUUUCUCUUUGGGAUAAAUUCAGCGAGUCGCGGUAUCGUCCUUUGCGAGCAGGUGUUUUCUUAUCGAUGGGAUGCAGCGGAGUGGUGCCAACAGUUCAUUUCAUGAUCACGGAUGGGGUGCGCACACUUUUUGAAGAGGCGGCUUUUCAUUGGCUCUUACUGAUGGCUCUACUGUAUAUCGUCGGAACACUGUUCUAUGCUACACGCGUUCCAGAGCGUUUUUUCCCAGGAAAAUGCGAUAUUCUGUUCCAGUCGCACCAGCUUUUCCAUAUAUGUGUUGUUGUUGCGGCAUUUGUUCAUUACUACGGUAUUUCUGAAAUGGCGAUGCAUCGAAUCAGGGCCUCUUGCCCAAUGGAUAGCGAUGCUGUGCGAGCGUUUCACCAUAUCGUGGAAGGCGUGAAGAAAGCUGUACACGACGCUCUCUAG